AUGGCAUUGAUCACAUUGACUGAAGUGCUCGGCCUGAGUGCAGUCUAUCUGGUCUAUCUGCUCAUCAGGUACCGAUCCCGGGCAGUCGGCACUUCGCCUUCCACAACCAGAUCAGUAACGGAGACGCUACCCCUCUUUGGCGCUCUCUAUCAUGUCGCUGUCAAGUUCGCCGACCGAGCGUACGAGCAGAACAUGCUCCAGUCCAAGGACGGUCAGCCCUGGACGGCGACGAUACCUUGGUUCCGGAUGUACUCUUGCAGCAGGCCUGAAUGGAUCGAAUACUUCCAGAAAACCAACUUUCAGAAUUACGUCAAAGGCACCCUCCAGUCCGAGCCGAUGAAUGACAUUCUUGGUCACGGCAUCUUUGCGACCGAUGGACAGCUAUGGCACCAACAGCGCAAGACGACUUCGCACAUCUUCACUGCCACGUCAUUCAAUACCGUCAUUGCUACCGCAAUUGACAAGCAUAUCGACAUCCUAAUCGAAGUCCUCGCAUCUAAGCGCGAGCCUUUUGCGCUCAGUCAGCUUUUCAAUGAGUUCACUCUCGAUACGUUCUGCUACAUGUCCUUCGGCGCUGAGCUCGACAGUAUGCGCGCAAGCAAGCCGCUCCCGUUUGCUGCUGCCUUUGACUUCUCACAAGCCCACAUCGACUCUCGUCUGCGCAACCCGUUUUGGCGCACGACCGAAUUGUUCUCUGCCUCUGGCAAGCGCAUGCGCGCAGCCAAGAAGACCAUCGACGAUUAUGCGUAUAACAUCAUCGAUCAGAGAGAGUCAGAGCUCGCCAAGGGCUCCGGUAGUGAGACUGAUCUGCUCGGACUCUAUCUCGGCAUGAAAUCUGCCGAUGCUAGCCGCGUCGACCGUACCCAAGUGCGAGACUCGAUCCUCAACCUCAUCUUAGCGGGCAGAGAUACCACAGCGCAAGCGCUCAGCUGGUGCUUCUUCCGCCUGAUCCAGCAGCCCCACUUGAUCGAGCCAAUCCGGCAAGAGAUCGAUGCCCUACUGGGACCGGACGGCAAAGUGACGUAUGCAAACUACAAGGAUCUCAAGCAGGCCUAUGCGACCUUUUAUGAGACGCUGAGGCUACAUCCUUCUGUGCCGAAGAACGCAAAGCAAGUGGUCAAUGACGAUCAAGUACCCGCUGGCGGUCCGGCAGUCAAAAAGGGUGAUAUCGUCUUCUGGAACAACUGGAUGCUGGGUCGUUCGGAAGAGCUGUGGGGGGCGGAUGCGCUGCUCUUCAAGCCAUCGCGCUGGUUCGACGACCAGGGCAACAUCAUCAGACCGAAUCAGUAUGUAUUCAACGCCUUCAAUGCCGGCCCGCGGCUCUGUCUCGGACAGAACUUGGCGACAUACGAAGGCAUCGCGGCCAUCGUUGCCAUCGUUCGACGCUUCGAUCUCGCCUUUGCGCCCGGUUACCUCGACAACACAAAGAUGGCGACGGGCAUCGCUUUCAAUGACCCGCUGCCGUCCCCGCUCUACCAGGUCUCGCUCACUCUGCCCAUGGCGCAACCUCUCAUGGUGACUUCGCUCCGACGGUUGAGAUCUCUGCUGUCGCGCCCACCUCAUCCUUCGCCUUUCGAGCUCGAAAGACGCAGGAGGUUGGCAAGGAAGCUCGCACUCACGACUCCUCGAAGCACAGGGCGACAUUCUCAGCUUGGCAUUGCGCCUGAGGUCACCUCGCUGCUUCACGGCCGACGUCUUGCAGUCUCGACAGUGUUCAGCACAGCUACGACUGCUCUCACGACCUUUUCGACGGCUACUUUCACCGUCACCACGCCAGCGGCAGUCGUGACAAGCUUGGUGCCUGUCACGACAUCGUCAUGCUCAACCAUCGACAUCAUCGGCGUCAGCAUAGAGCAAUGUGCGACCAUCACCGCAGGCUUCUCCACCUCUGUCAUCACAGCCACUCCUGCAAUCUCGCGGUUAUCGCGCUCGCUGGUACCCGUAGUGACACAGUCGUCAUCUCUCAUACCCAUCUCGACCGUCAUCUCAACUUGUCCGGCCACGACACAGCCCUUCUCCAUCACGAUUGCCGCACCAACAACAUCUUCUUCGGGCGCACUCCUCAGUCCCUCGUCUAGCUCGAGCUUGACAAGCUCGACUUCAACCUCCACCUCAACCUUUACGCUCUUUGCAUCAGGCACACCCUACAGCACGGGGACCUCUGCCGCCACUGCUUCUGCCACCGCAACUGCUACCUCGGACACAGCAUCCACUGGCGGCUCCGGCAUCAAUGGCGGUCUUGUCGGGGGCGUCGUGGGCGGUGUGAUCGGAGGCCUCUUGCUCUUGCUGCUUGCCAUUUUCUUGAUCAGACGAUGCCGACGCAAUAGUUACGAUUCAGAGGACGAGAAACUUGGCGAGCACUUUUUCGACCCUUCUAGCUCGGUUGGCACACACCACGCCAACGGCGGACCCAUCGUCGGCGGGAUGGGCCGGAGAAGCACCUUGGCGUCUUCUCGGCGUAUGCCUUCGUCACGUCGAUUGGGCCGUCGUGGAACGGGCUACUCGUCUUAUUAUGCAGACAGCGGAAUGGCUGCAGCAGGUGCGGGCGCAGUUGGCGCGGCCGCGGCGGCAGACCGUAGCUCGAGCACAAGACAGCGGCCGUCUAUGUCGAGCAGAAGGCCGAGUGAUCCUCCGAGCCGUCGCAAGCCUUCCAAUUCUUCCUCGCGGAUACCACCGCCUGUGAUGGAAGAGCUCAGCUCGCCUGCCUCGCGAGGAACCUCGUACCGCUCUUCUGCAGCGCGAAACAACGGCAGCCUCGCCACUGCCGGUCUAGCGGGCCUCGGCGCCAAUGGACACGGCCGGCAGAACAGCAGCAGCACACUAGACCAGGAGGAUCGCUCAGACGAGAGCCACGGUCCCGCCUCUCGACUCGAUCGAUCCCCUUCGAACGCUGCAUCUGCCGUCUCGAUGCCUCGGCUCAGUACGACGACGAGCGGCUAUCACGACCAUCGCGACACGCACCGUGCGCCGCUAGCUGCCGUGAAUGAGCUGGACACGUCACAUUCUGGUGCGGGGCCAGCGUCACCCAUGGACGAUCUCACCGAAGAUAGAGUGGCCGAUCUGCCCAACUCGCGAAGCUUUAUGGGCAUUCCCAUGGGCAGAAGGAGACCCGUCGGUCCUCCUAGCUAUACGACAGAAGCGAGGAGAGACGAAGAAGGCUGGGUCUGA